UUUUUUUUAUUCUUUUCCUUAUUAUACCAAGCUAGCCGGUCCCAUCAAAAACAUAUAAAAGGAGCAAAAACCAUGGUUCUUUUAUUUGUAUUUUCCUCUUUUAUUAUUAUUAUUUUUUACCUCUUUUUACAACAAUGUCUUCUACUCUCAUCUUCCAAGUGAACUGUAACGGUGAACAACAUCAACUCGAACUUGCAAAGGACCAAUGUAACUGGACCAACUUUUAUAAUGCAUUGAAAGAAACGCUUUCAUUACCUGCAAAUAUCACACCAAGUGAAUCGGCUCUUUACUAUCUCAAGGAUAAUAACAAACAACGUAUUGAAGAUGCUUCUGAUUUUGCCGUUUUGCUGAUGACUCUUAUGGAUACAAAACAAACCAAAGCUCAACUUUUUUAUGGCGAUAAUAACGCUGAAGACGGUGACUGGGAAUGGACACCUGAAGGAAAAGACAUGGAUCAAACAUCAAACAAACAAGUACCUGACGACAAUCAUGUAUCAUCACCUGAAUAUACGACCUGUUACUCACGUCUUGGUGAAGUGAUCGACAAACACCAUAGUAAAAUCACACCUGACCCUUUUCUUCGUAUGGUUUGCCGUCGUUUAGCUUGCAAACUUAUCAUGCGCCCGGACUUGACCAUCAUCAACUCUCUGGAUACUUGGUUGGAUGGAUACGACAGUAACAAUACCACUACCAAAAACAAUAACGACAAUAAGAAAUCGUGUGAACAUCAUGACAAGAAACAUUCGUGUAUGCGCAAUCGACAAGCAUUUAUCUCCUUGCUUCCUGAUGACAUUUCCAAAUUCUUGAUGACUCACCACGAUGGCCAUCAUGGCCGUCACUCUCACCACUUUUAUGAUUCUUUCUUACACGAGGAUGAUUCAAUGAACAACUGCCACCGUGGAGGAAAACGAAGACGACAUUGUAUGAAUAAAUCAUUCCCUUUUGAUAUUCUCUCUGAUGGAAAAUUUGGAGGACCUGACGACAUUUUCGACAUGGCUAAUGGUUCCAGACAUGACAAGAAGCAUGGAUGUAAAGCGGACAAGUUGCGGAAACUAUUCGAAAAAUUGCAUAAUGAUGAUGAUGGACAUCAUUAUCAUCAUGGCCAUCAUGGUCAUCAUCAUGGACGUCGAGGUGAACAUCAUCAUUUUGGUGGACGAGGUGAACAUCAUCACUUUGGAAGAGGUAGACAUCAUCAUUUUGGUGGAAGAGGUGGACAUCAUCACUUUGGCGGACGAGGUGAACAUCAUCACUUUGGAAGAGGUGGACAUCAUCACUUUGGUGGAAGAGGUGGACAUGGUGGUCGUCCUUUCUCAUUUGGUCAACCAAUCCCUUGGGCGGUACAAUCUCAUGGCGAUCUUUAUGUCAACCUUUAGUAUUAUUAUUUUAGUCUUAUAGUUAUUCUUAUUGUUAUUAUUUGUUAGUAGUAUAUUAAUUAGUGUUAUUAUAUUAUAUUAAAAAAAAACCAAUAAAAAAAUUUGAAAAGAUGGGGUUUGUACCAUCAAAAAAAA